ACCCUAAGCCCUUUGGAUCCGGCCAUGGCCACCCGCCGGGCCCUCGCCUCCCUCCUCCGAUCCUCCGCUCAACGUUCCCACGCGAUCAGGCUCCCUGCUCCCCGCCGCCUUCCCCCGUCGAUCGCAUCCCGCACCUCCCCCACCGGGUUUCUCCUCUCCCGCGCCGUCGAGUACGCCACAACCUCAGCGGCAACUGGGGCCCCGACGACCCAGCAGUCUCCCUCCUCUAAGGGCCUCACGGGCAAGAUCACCGACGAGUUCACCGGCGCCGGCUCGAUCGGACAGGUAUGCCAGGUGAUCGGAGCCGUCGUGGACGUCCGCUUCGAUCAGGGUCUACCGCCGAUCUUGACGGCGCUGGAGGUCUUGGACUACCCGAUACGGUUGGUUUUGGAGGUGGCGCAGCAUCUGGGGGAGAACAUGGUGCGGACGAUCGCCAUGGAUGGGACCGAGGGGCUCGUUCGUGGGCAGAAAGUUGCGAAUACCGGCUCUCCCAUCACUGUUCCUGUUGGCAGGGCCACCCUCGGAAGAAUCAUUAAUGUCGUUGGAGAGCCCAUAGAUGAGAAUGGUGACAUAAAGACUAGCCACCACCUUCCUAUCCAUCGUGAGGCCCCUGCUUUUGUUGAGCAGGCUACAGAACAACAAAUUCUUGUCACAGGAAUCAAGGUUGUGGACCUUCUCGCUCCUUACCAGAGGGGUGGUAAAAUUGGGCUCUUUGGUGGUGCCGGGGUAGGGAAGACAGUGCUCAUUAUGGAACUCAUUAACAAUGUCGCUAAAGCCCAUGGUGGGUUCUCUGUCUUUGCUGGUGUUGGAGAGCGAACUCGUGAAGGCAAUGACUUGUACAGGGAAAUGAUUGAGAGUGGUGUCAUUAAACUUGGAGAUAAGCAGAGUGAGAGCAAAUGUGCUCUUGUCUACGGUCAGAUGAAUGAGCCUCCUGGUGCUCGUGCACGCGUCGGGCUUACUGGCUUGACCGUGGCUGAACACUUCCGAGAUGCUGAAGGACAAGAUGUGCUUCUUUUCAUUGACAACAUAUUCCGUUUCACCCAAGCAAACUCUGAAGUGUCAGCUCUACUUGGACGUAUUCCUUCUGCUGUUGGUUAUCAACCAACUUUGGCUACUGAUCUGGGAGGACUUCAAGAACGUAUCACGACAACAAAGAAGGGUUCAAUUACCUCUGUCCAGGCAAUUUAUGUGCCUGCUGAUGACUUGACUGAUCCUGCACCUGCAACUACCUUUGCGCAUCUUGAUGCUACGACCGUGUUGUCACGACAGAUAUCGGAGCUUGGAAUAUAUCCUGCUGUCGAUCCUCUUGAUUCAACAUCUAGAAUGCUUUCUCCUCAUGUGUUAGGUGAAGAGCACUACAACACUGCUCGUGGUGUUCAGAAGGUCCUGCAGAACUAUAAAAAUCUUCAGGAUAUUAUUGCUAUUUUGGGCAUGGACGAACUCAGUGAAGAUGAUAAAUUAACUGUUGCUCGUGCUCGAAAGAUCCAGAGGUUCCUUAGCCAGCCUUUCCAUGUUGCUGAAGUCUUCACGGGUGCACCUGGAAAGUAUGUGGAAUUGAAGGAGAGUGUUAGCAGCUUCCAGGGUGUUUUGGACGGCAAGUACGAUGACCUUUCAGAGCAGUCAUUUUACAUGGUUGGAGGGAUUGAGGAAGUUAUUGCCAAGGCUGAGAAGAUUGCCAAGGAUUCCGCUUCUUGAGGAAAACUGCAAAUUUAAAUAAUCUGAAAAAGGUGCUUAUGAUGGUUCAUGCGCCCAAAAACGUUUUUACUUUUAAUUUUAAUUUUUUUAUUUUUUUUUUGGCGGAUGUUUAGGUCUUGAGAAAAAAGCCCAAGUUUCUGCUUUUUAACUAAUAAAACCAUCUGAACAUUCUUUUUA